CCCUGCCGCCCACCCCCUCCCCUAGCGAGCCAUGCGGAGGAGAAAGGGGAGGUGGGAUCCCGGCUGGCUCUGGCAGGGAACGCCGUGUGAGGCUGAUGCCAGCGAGCCGCGGUUAAACCCCGGGCUGAGGAUUUUAAGAGUGAGACAUCAAGAUUGGGUACAGAUGACUGGGACCUGUAAUCACUGGAAACAUUGGCUCCGCAGCUGAGGAGACAGUAACAAGAAUUGUUGUGAAACUCCUUCAGCACUGCAUCAUCAGCUGAAACUUGUAUAUUUUAUGCACUAUUUCAAGCUGCUUCAUCUCCAGCACCAAAAACACAACACCCAUCUUACUUCAGCUGAAGUUGGUGGGAACCCUGAAGAAAGAUGAAUGUCUGUCCAAGCUUGAAAUGGGACAAGGAAACAGAUACAAGGAUUGGAAGAAGAGUCAACAAAGGGAGCCUCACCAAGGUUCACAACAGUGCAUGGAGCAAGACUGUGACCUCUCAUACUGAAACUGAACUACGUGGCAAGGUUGUCUGGGUGACAGGAGCUUCGAGUGGAAUUGGAGAAGAGUUGGCUUACCAGCUGUCAAAGAUAGGAGCUUUCCUUGCCAUCUCAGCAAGAAGAGAAGACGAACUAGAAAGAGUGAAAAAGAAAUGCCUUCAGAUCAGCACCUUGACUGAAAAAGACAUCCUUGUUCUGCGUCUGGACUUGACUGAUAGAAGCUCUCAUGAAGCUGCAACCAACAGCGUUAUUAAGCAUUUUGGCAAGAUUGAUGUUUUGGUCAACAAUGGUGGACGUUCCCAACGCUCCCUGUUCAUGGACACAAACCUGGACGUCUACAGCGCGAUAAUGGAACUUAACUACCUCGGCACGAUCUCUCUCACAAAGCACGUCCUGAAACACAUGAUCGAAAGGAAAAGGGGAAAGAUUGUGACUGUGAGCAGCGUGAUGGGCAUCAUGGGAGCCCCUCUUGCCUCUGGGUACUGUGCCAGCAAGCAUGCUCUGCAGGGCUUUUUUAAUUCUCUUCGGACUGAGCUGACUGACUACCCUGAGAUAAGUAUUAUCAACAUCUGCCCAGGACCUGUACAGUCUAAGAUUAUACAAAAUGUCUUUACGGAGAAUCUUGCAAAGUCACUGGAGAACAGCGGUGACCAGUCCCACAAGAUGCCAACCGACCGCUGUGUCCGGCUCACGCUGGUGAGCACAGCCAACGACCUGAAGGAAGCCUGGAUCAGUGACCACCCCUACCUGGCCGUCUGCUACCUCUGGCAGUACGCGCCCACUUGGGCGUGGUGGCUGAUGAACAGAAUGGGCAAGAGGAGAAUACAAAACUUCAAGAGUGGUGUGGAUGCUGAUGCCUCUUACUCGAGAAAAACAAAGUAAGGAGAAACGGGCAAAAUCCUGCUGUACUUGUGCUAACGCAGAGAGAAACUUUUUUCGUAUUGCCUGACUGCAAGCAAAACCUUUUUUUUUUUAAUCUGUUGUACCUUUGUCGUCAUAUAACUUGACAAAUCUAUCAAGCUGUAUACGCACUUGGUGAAAUAAAAAUCACUUUCCAAACA